GUCCAAAGGCCCCACUCAAACUUUUGCUCUGGCCUGCAAGGCUGAUUCCGCCGCCAGAACUUUUUGGCUGAAUCCGUUUUGCGACGCCAAUCUUUUUCGAGGUUCUCGAACUUUUCGUCGCGACAAGAACCAAUCCACCACCGACGCCCUCAACUCGAUCUACCCACAUAACCGCGACGACAGAGACAUCGCUCCUGAUCCACGAAUUCGACGGAAGAGUUUUCAACGACGCAGCAUCGCGAAGAUGUCGGACCAGAAGGACGUCAACAAGGAGGUUACCAGACUGUGGAGAGCAUGGAGGACAGCCCACGAGAUGGCUGCGGACCGCGGCUAUGAACUCGCCGAGGACGAACUCACAAUCUCUCUCGACCGCUUCAAGAUGGAGUACACCAGCGCCGACGGCAGCGUCAACCGCGGCAAGCUCCAGUUCUCCGCGAACCCCUCCGCCGACAUGAUCCGCAAAUUCACACCCCCCGCGACGCCCAACAACCCGAACCCGACGCCCGACUGCGGCACCCUCUGGGUCGAGUUCCUCGCCGACACGACGUUCGGCAUCAAGGAGAUCAAGAAGUUCAUCCACCACCUCAUCAGUAACAAGUACUCGUCCGGCAUCAUGGUCACCCACGUGCCCCUCUCCCCCGCCGCCCGCAAGAUGCUCGUCACUAUCGAGUCCUUUGCCAAGGUCGAGUGCUUCCUCGAGGACGACCUGCUCGUCAACAUCACCCAGCACGAGCUCGUGCCCAAGCACAUCCUCCUCAGCCGCGAGGAGAAGAUUGCCCUCCUCAAGCGCUACCGCCUCAAGGAGACGCAGCUGCCGCGCAUCUUGCAAAAGGACCCCGUCGCGAAGUACCUCGGUCUCAAGCGCGGGCACGUCGUCAAGAUUAUCCGUACCUCGGAGACGGCCGGUCGUUACGCCAGUUACAGAUUGUGCGUGUAAAAAAAAGGGGGGGUCUUGCGUGUGGUUGAUUGAAGAAGGCAAGACAUGAGAAAGAGGGGAAAACCGGGAAGAAAGGGGUCAACGUGGGGGCUGGAACUGGGGACUCACCUUUCCGGCAGGAUGACUUGACGCCCUGGUAGACGGGGGAAAGGGAGUUCUCAGUAUACUCUUUGCAUCACUCUUGAGUCUGGCGUUGAGGGUACGGCUACGGUCUGCUGUUUUGUGUACGACAACCAAAAAAAAGAGAUGGAGGGCUUCCUCUAGAUGGAUAACAUAACUAACUUAUUUUUUUCACAUGUUUUUGCUCCUUGGGCGUCACAUCUCGUUAUCUUGAUUAAUUGAGUGAAAUACGAUAUGAGUUGACUACAGUCGUCA